AUGGCUUUAUCGAUGAGAUUAAAAAAUUAAUUUUAAAAUCAAUUAGACUAAUACAAUGAGUUAGAGUAUGUUUUCAUUAGGCAAUUAAAAUAGAUCCUUAAGAUUAUGAGAUAUUUUAUAACAAACGUAUUUAAAUUAUUUAUUUAGGUGUUUCAUUAGAAUCAUUAAAUUGUGUAUUGGAGUACAAUAUUAGAAUAAUAAAAUAGUGCUGUAAAUUGUUAUGAUCAGGCACUGAAACUAACCCAAGGUAUCCUGAUUUAUAUAUCAGUAAAGGUAAAAAGCAUAUCUAAAUAAAUAGGAAUCUCCCUACAUAUGCAAAAACGAUAUGAUGAAGCUAUCAAUUAAUAUAAUUAUGCUAUCAAAAUGAAAGAAGAAAAUG